AUGCUCCGUCACCUCCCGUCCUCCGCCCAGCGGCUCAGACAGCCAUGUGCGGGCGGAGCAGGCCUGCUAGACUUUAGGUUCUUCAGCAAUAAGAAUCCUCCGGGGUGCGAGGAGGUGCCUCAGGGCCACAAGGACUCGGAGCUCACGCCACACACCUGCCACGCUGGCCUGCUGCGACGGAAGGAGCUGUACCACCUGCGCCACGUCCAGCUGCAGGUCGAUGGCAAGACACUUUCUGUGAAGGAUGUCUUCAAGGGCGGGCUCCAAAUCGCCUUUGGGGUGCCGGACCGGGGAAAGGUGUGCAGCGAGCAGCAUGCCCCCGGCUUUGCCAAGGCCCUCCAGCGAUUCAAGGAGCUUGAGGUGCAGCUGCCCGUGCUGUGCGUGUCCCAGGGCACGGCCCGCGAGGCGGAGCAGUGGGCCAGCAAGCUCGGCCUGAAGCCGGAGGAGGUGCGGCAGGUGGUGGACGUGGGCGGGCGGCUCACCCGCUACCUGGGCGUCGAGCUGGGGAUCGGGGAGGAGGGCGGCCCGAAGUCCCAGCGCUGGGCGGCUAUCCUGGACAACGGCGUGCUCUUGAAUCUGUUCGUGGACAAGACGCCUGCAGCUGUGGACGUGUCCGGCGCCGAGAACCUGGUGCAGGCGGUGGAGACCAUGCGUGUGCACCUGGCUGAGCCGUACCACAACACCCCCGCCACCAUGGACGGUGUGCUCCGGGCCAUCAACCGCGUGUCGGCCAUCGCGGCGCUGGCGGGCGACACCCAGGCCGGCGACGAGACGCGCGGCGGCGGCGGCGGCAUGCCCUCCCUCGCCCGUCAGCUGCCCAAGAUCGUGGUGAUCGGCGGCCAGUCCAGCGGCAAGUCCAGUGUGCUGGAGGCGGUGGUGGGCCGCGACUUCCUGCCGCGCGGGACCGGCAUUGUCACGCGCCGCCCCCUGGAGCUGCAGCUGGAGACCUCGCCCGACGCCGGCGCGGCCGAGUACGGCGAGUUUGGGCACCUGCCCGGCAAGCGCUUCCUGGACUUUGAGGCCAUUCGCGCGGAGAUUGAGGCGGAGACACGGCGGCACACAGAGAAGCGCGGGACCAUCGUGUCCCCCGUCCCCAUGACGCUGCGCAUUGUGUCGCCCCAGCUGCCCGCGCUCUCCCUGGUGGACAUGCCGGGGCUCACCAAGGUGCCCAUCGACGGGCAGCCCAAGUCCAUCGUCACCGAGCUGGAGGCCAUGGCGCGCGAGUACGUGCGCCACGAGAACGUGAUCAUCCUGGCGGUGACCCCCGCCAACGCCGACCUGGCCACCAGCGACGCACUGCGCAUGGCGCGUGAGGUGGAUCCCACCGGCGAACGCACCAUCGGCGUGCUCACCAAGAUCGACAUCAUGGACCCCGGGACCAACUGCCGCGACGUGCUGGACGGCGCGGCCUACACCCUGCGCAACGGCUGGAUCGGGGUGGUCAACCGCGGCCAGGCCGACAUCAACUCCCGCAUGGACAUGGGCCGCGCGCGGCAGAAGGAAUUGGACUUCUUCCAGGCCAAGCCCGACUACCAGGGCCUGCGCAACAUCGGCACCGGAUUUUUAUCCUCGGAGCUGUCCACUAAGCUGGUGGCCAGCGUGCGCCGCCAGCUGCCUAACAUCGCCGCGUUUGUGAACAAGAACGUGGCGGAGCUGCAGAAGGAGCUGGACGGCAUGGGCGGCCCGGCCGCCAACUCGCGUGGCGAGAUGAUCCACCUCGUCCUCACCCUCUGCCGCAAGUUCGAGACCGGGUUCGCCAAGCUAAUCGACGGCGGGAAGGGGGGCGGCGAGCUCAUCCUCACUGUUUUUGAGAAGCGGCUGCCGGACGCCAUCGAAAAGCAACCCUUCAAGAAGCUGCUGGAGGUGAACUACGUCAAGCGCGUGAUCGAGGAGGCCGACGGCAUCCAGCCCCACCUGGUGGCGCCCGAGGCCGGGUACCGCCGCAUGCUGGAGGAGGCGCUGGGCUACCUGAAGGACCCCACCGAGAAGAGCGUGGAGGAGGUGUUUGUGCUGCUCCGGCGCAUGGUCGACAGCGUCGCCGGGUCUGAGGAGGUGCGCGCCCUCCGGCGCUACCCCACGCUGCGCCGGGAGAUUGUGACGGCGGCCUACCGCGCGCUGGAGCGCUUCAAGGAGGAGACGCGGCGCAUGGUGAACAUCAUGGUGGAGAUGGAGCGCAACUACAUCACCGCCGAGUACUUCCGCGCCAUCCAGAUGGGGCGCAUGCCUGACGGCAAGGUGUUGUACACGCUGGACGGGCGCCCCGUGACGGAGGAGCCGGAGGGGACCAUCGAGGAGAAGCACUAUAAGCGCAUCAUCAACCAGGUGUCGGGCUAUGUGCGCGAGGUGUGCGGGCAGAUGACGCAGACCAUCCCCAAGGCCAUCGUGCACUGCAUGGUCAUCCAGGCCAAGGAGCGGCUGCUGGAGGAGAUGCAGGCGGGAGUGGCGGGCGACCAGGAGGUUGCGCUCAAGCGGCUGCUGGGUGAGGACGAGGGCGUGAUGAAGCGGCGCGAGGUGCUGACCAACAAGCUCAACAUGAUGAAGCAGGCGCAGGUGGAGCUGACCCAGGUGGACGUGUGA